AUGAAGUCUAACAUUUCAAAUACUUUCUCCAUAAAUAUUUUAAAAUUCAAUAACAAUGUUUUCAAAACUCCUAAAGCCCGCUAUCCAAGUCCGUAGUGGUUAUUCUCUUCUUCAGCGAAAGAGUUGCCCCCUCGUUACCGUAGUGCGACGCUCCGGCGAGUUGGUUCCCCCCACGCAAUAUGAUGUACCAAUACCGAGGAAGUUGCACCUGUCCUACGCCCUCACCAGGUACUGGGAAAUCAUCCCUCUGUUCAUGGUCACCAUGACAUCAUUGCUUCUGAUGUGCGCAUCUAUCGCAUGGGCGUGUAGAAAUAAAGUGGACGUAGUUUUCUCGAGCCGGAGCCGUGAUAACAUAUCGCGAACCAUGGACCUGCGGAAGCCGUCGAUUCAUAAGCUGUUAGUGAUCAAUGACCGCUAUGAGCCCUGGCCCGAGAUGCAGGCUGCGCUCGACAAGAUGGUGGAAGCGGAGAAGCGCGCCCUCUCGCGCCUGCAGUCCUGCAAACACGCCUAAACUCACCGCAAU